UGUCUGUGGAACGUCACCGACUCAGUUCAUCUCGUCCUUGAGAGACCGCCGCUUGGUUUAGCGCUGGAGGGUUUCGAAGAGGAAGAGGGAGAGGAGGAAGAUGGGGUCCAGGACGGGUCUGGUCGUGGAGCUGAUCGAGAGGAACUGCGGUGUCGCCGUAAUCGACGGAGGCCUCGCGACGCAGCUGGAGGCGCUCGGCGCCGACAUCAACGGUCCCCUCUGGAGCGCCCGCUGCCUCAUCUCAGAUCCCCACCUCAUCAAACAGGUUCAUCUUCAGUACCUUGAAGCAGGUGCUGAUAUACUGGUGACAUCAUCUUAUCAGGCGACAAUUCCUGGAUUUUUGUCCAAAGGUUUCUCCAUUGAAGAAGGAGAGUUGUUACUUCAACAAAGUGUCAAACUGGCCCUUGAAGCCCGAGAUACUUUUUGGAAACUCAAUGCUGACAACUACUAUAUUCGUGCUUUGGUGGCAGCUUCAAUUGGGAGCUAUGGAGCUUAUCUUGCAGAUGGUUCAGAAUAUAGUGGGCAUUAUGGACCAGAUAUGAACUUGGAGAAACUGAAAGAAUUUCACAGGCGACGAUUGCAAGUUCUUGUAGAUGCUGGCCCAGAUUUGCUGGCAUUUGAAACCAUUCCUAAUAAGCUUGAAGCACAGGCAUUAGCUGAGCUUCUUGAUGAAGAAAACAUCCAAAUUCCAUCUUGGAUCUGUUUCAGCUCUGUGGAUGGUGAACAUAUGUCUUCUGGAGAGGACUUUAAAGAAUGUCUUGACAUAUUAAAUAGGAAUGAAAAAGUCAACAUUGUUGGGAUAAAUUGUGCAUCACCCCAGUUUAUAGAGAACCUUAUUCUUAAAUUUAAAAAGUUAACAAACAAACUGUUGGCUGUUUAUCCAAACAGUGGUGAAGUGUGGGAUGGUAGGGCUAAAAGAUGGCUGCAACCAGAGCGUGUCGGUGAAAAGAGCUUUGAAUUGCUUGCAAAAAGAUGGCAUGAAUGUGGUGCUAGUCUUAUCGGAGGAUGCUGUCGAACAACACCUUGCACCAUACGAUCGAUUUCCAAGUUGCUAAAGAACAUGUCCUGACUAAUUUUAGGAUCUAACGGAUUCGUGAGUUACUAGCCAAAGAACAUUUAUCUGCAAAAUGCUGUCUCGCAUAGUUUGAUUGUACUUGUAUGUUUGGUAGGGUAACUUACAAUGUCCAAUUCAGCCAACACUGAACUGGUGAAAUGGAAUAUGUCACAGGCAUACAUUUUAGACAUUUAUCUUCAUUUUCAGUUAUCCUUUUCAGCCAAUUUAAUUGAUGUGUCUUGUAAACAGUUCAGAUUGUCAUGAAUGAUAUAUUAAUGGUUUGGCCUUUUUUUUUUCCGAAAUAAAUGAAAAGGGAAACAGGGCUAGAGACUAUGUUUCUUCUGUUUAGAUUUCCCUAACACAAUGAUUUAGAUCUUAUAUGAUGAAGUUGAGUUGAAUUAUUGUGGACAGGAGGGAUGGCAUGAAAUUUUCAGUGUCGACGAUGUGAACUCUUCUAUACUCAACAUUGUCAACAGUAGUUCAAUCGAACUUCAAAAAAGGUCGAGAAAAAGAUGUAGUCAUCAGAUGCUGAUCAAUGUCAACUCUCGGCAGUUUUCCUCAGAUGGUAACGGCCAUUACUUGCAAUUAUAUUUUGAUUAGCAAUUAAUAUUUAUUUAACAGUGAUCUCAAUUCCCAUGUAACCUAUUAUUACUUUUGUUGCAUAAACCAGCUGUAACACAUUUGCCCUCACCUACUUGGAUAUAUAACACAUAUAUGUCCCUCCAUUAUUAA